AUGGCGAAGGCAGCCAAGGAAAUUCAAAUGGAGAACCCAAGAGAGGUGGAGACUCAGAGCACAGGGGCGGCGUGCUCCCCGUCGGAGGAACAGGCAGAAAAACCCUCCAUGCUCUGUUUUAAGAAGCGGAAGAAGUCCUGUAAGAAGGGGCUGACCGUGAAGGAUGCGUGCGAGGGAGCCUCAGAGGAGAAAAGCCAACGUGUCAGCGCUGACCGAGGGGAGGAGAAAGCUCCUGAUCAACCGCGCUCCUCCAGAGGAGCCUGGGCAGCCAUCAAAAACCUGGCAAGACCUCGGAGAAGGCAAAAACCCUCCUCGCGGAAGCAGGCGCCGUGUGAUUCCCAAGUGCAGCUGGAGACGGAUGCUGAGGAGGGCGGCGCACAAGGCGUCCCGAAAAAACGGGCGAGUUCUGGGGUGAAGAUGCCCUGCGUGCGGUUCUCCAGAGGCAAGAAAAAACCCAGCCCUGGUGAAGCGGUGGAGGAGUCGGACGGUGGUGUUCAAGCAAACGAGGUGGCGGGCAUUUUGAACAAAGCUAGUGAAGAGCCAGAGGAUUUGGCCCCGACGGACAAGUCUGAGUCCUUCAGCCCGGUGUCUGCAGAGGAGGACCAGGGUACGGCGAAGGAAAGCACUGACUCUGCUGGGAAGAGCGAGCCCUUGACAGAGCCCGCACCUGAGCCAGAUGGACGUACGGAGAGCACCGCUCAGCUGGAGAUAACCGAUUCGGAGACGGGUAAUGAAACAGCCCAGGAAAAACGCCAGGGGGGGAGCCUGCCCCAAACCCCCAUCCACGCGGAAGGCGGGGAAGCUGCUCCUGAAGCGCCCGUUUCCAAGGGUCAACCCAACUGCGCCCCUGAAACCACCGAGGUGCCGGAAAUCCCCAGUAUCCAUACAGAGCUGCCUGGAGGGGGUGAAGCCAGAAAGGGCAUAAAUCUUCCUGAGGAGUGCAAGGCCGAAGAGACGGUCGUGGAUUUGAGUCAGCCGGCGUUGAAAGACGAUGCAGCGAGCGUGCAGGGCUGCUCCAGCCAUCAGGUGACGUCAGAAGCAAACGCGGGCGUUGGCGGGGGCAUCGGCGUCGGCAUCGUCAUCACCGUCACUGAAGCUGAGGACUCCGACCACACCGACUCUGACCAGGCCUACGAGCCGUCCCCGGUUUUGCACCGAAAUAAGCAAAAAGGGAAUAAAAAAUCAAGCGGGAGCUUUGAUUUUGGUAAAAAAGAGGGCCCGGAGGCUGGCGGCGGUCCCGCGGCGGAGGAGAAGGGUGCCGGUGACCAGGGGCACAGAACUGGGGAGCAGUACGAAUUGCUCCUCGUAGAAACGGCGUCUUCCCUCGUGAAGGCGGCCAUUCAGUCGUCCAUAGAGCAGCUGGUCAGCGAAAUGGCCCUGGAACAGAAUAAACACAACAGCUUUCUGUGA